CGACGUGGUUACAUCAAACAGAUUUCAAUUACAAGUCUCGCCGCACGUCAGAUAUAAUGUCAGAAGAAUUUGCUUCAUCUGAGGAGACUUCAUUCAACUCAUUUGUGCUCCCUUCAAUUGCUGGCAUACACGACAAGAGAUUUGUGGACACGUUGUACAACUAUAUUGAAAAAGAGAAGGAAAAGUUGAAGUGUCCUCAAAAUGUCCCAGAUGAGCAACGUUACACAAUUUACAGUUUUGCAUUUGACAAGGUUAUUGAGCAGGCAACCACAUACAAAAGAAUUCUUACUUGCAUUAAGCAGGAAUAUGAUGACUGCAUUAGAGCCCUAAAGGAAGGUGGCCGAGAUGAAAGAUUCAGCCAUGGAAAGAUGAGAGCUACAGCAGCCGAGCCAACAACUCUUAUGAAUUACAAACAAAGAGCUGCUGAACUCCAGAAGAGAAUUGAGAUCAUCACACAAGACUCAGAUCAAAUUGAAGCCCAGAUUGUAGUAGUAAGAGAAAAAAAGAAAAAUGAAAGUAACAUCAUGGAAAAAAAUGAAGCAAAAAGGAGAGAAAUAAAACCCUUUGUUCAGAUUCCAGGUUUAAACAUUAAGGACUCUUUAAAUCCAGAUAUCCUAGACAAAUAUCUAGAAACAUUACAAAGUAUAUUGAAGGAGAUGCAAGAAAAAAGAAAAAAUCAGUAUGCACCGAGGAAAGUAAAAGUCGACUUGGACUGCAAGUUGACAAGCAUUUUAGAGCAUGCAGACAGGAUUGCUGCAGACACUGGCAAAUGUCAACUCAAAUAUGAACUGAUGACAAUUCUGGAUGAUGCAGUUGGUUCUUGGAAGAGAUCUGAUAAAAAUCUAGCAUUUCUUAAUUAUAUGUUACCAGUUUUGACAUAUGCCUUUGAAAUAAAAGGAGGUGGAUAUUCCAGAUGGACAGAUUUGGGAGGCUUUCAUGAGGGUCAUCGUAGAUCAUUUAGUGAUCAUUUAGUGGAAUACAUAGACAGAUUUAAUGAACUAUUUGAAGAAGGCCAGUAUGAAGCAGCAGCAUCUCAUGCAGCCAAGUCCCCUCUUAAAAUUCUGUGGAACACAAAAAUCAGGAAAAAAUUUACAGGUGCCAUUGUGGAGGAAAGUAACCUGCCACCAUUACUGCUGUUCUUCAAGUCAGUGAUGAGAUGUGAAGCUUCAGACACACACACGCCCAAUGAAGAAAUCUGUCUGGAAGCAGUCAUGGUUGCCUUGAAAUACAACAAGCUUGAAUUGGUAGAGCAGUGGAUAACACAGCAAAGGUUGAUAAUUACAGAGGCAUUAACAGAUCAAAUCUACAAGUAUGGAGAAAAUAAUCCUGAAGUGACUCACACUUGCCUUACACUUGCGCAAGAAGCAUACAGAUGUUGCAAAGUGAACAAAAAGGCAGUGCUGUGUAUGUGCAAGAGGGGAAGGGUUUAUGAAGCAGUUCGAUAUAUACACCAAUGUAAAGCAUUCAGUCAAGAAGACUUCCUUUACCUGGUUCAGCACUGCCAUAGUGCUGAGGUGCUUCAUAGUCUCACACAAAAGCUGGAUGGUAAACAAGCACCAAUGUCCUUGGGUUGUAUGGUUCUGUCACUCAUGUCAGAAAACAAAUGGAACUGUUGCCUUCAACUGCUGAAGGAAUUCUCCGCAUUUGGAAAAGAUACACUUGAACAGGCAAUACUUGCUGAUGAGCUGUGCACUCCUGAAGGAUGGAUUGAGAUUGCACGCAAAUGCCAAGAGCAUAACUGGGGGCAGUUAGCUCAUGAAAUCAUCUCCAUUCUUUCAGCUCAGGGUGGAGUUGUUGACCUCUCAGUCUGCAGUGAUGAUGCCAUACUUAUGGAACACGUGUUUCUAUAAGUUUUCUUUUCA